AUGGAGUCCAUAUCGCGGUUCAGAAGCGUGCUUUUGACAUGUCUCAGCUCUCGUGGACAUGGAGAGCAAGAGCUUUUUGACGAACUCAUGAUGCACAAGCAGAGGCUGCUUGAGCUGUUUGAGGUAGGACAGAGCAGUCAGCAGGAACAACAAGAGCUGCGAAGUGGACGGAUCACGAUCAAUGGCAGGUCAUUUGCCGUCAAUGCGGAUUUUGCUCAGCAGGCAAUAUUCCUUGCCCAGCAGCUCAAGUCCUCCGAGAAAUACAUCGCGAGUAUACUGCAUUCUGUCAUGACCGAAAACCCAAAUAUCGGUCCAGUCGGUUGCAUAGAAGCCACGGUCGUUGAAUUUCAUCAAAGACGACGUCAUUUGGUCGACUGUCUGCGUUACAUCUUUGAGGCUGCAGAGUUGGCUGAGUUGCCAGAUGCACCGCGACUUUACAAACGGCUAGAUGCUUUUGCUAGGCAGGAUCUCGUUCUAUCUGCGAAGGGACCAGGAGGAGAGGUGUCGCUGGCAUUACGAAUAUUCAAAGAGUUGGAGAACUUGGGGAACACAGUUGCGCGGGCGCAACAAGCAAAACAAUGCGCUGUGAGCAAUACUGUAGCUCCUUCUGGUGGUUCACCCACUCUGGGCUAUGAUAUCCUCAGUGCACGCUGCGACUCACUCAAAUACGAGAGACGAUACCUUGCCACUGUCUACUUCCAGAUUGCUCGUCUUGGAUGUCUCACAGUCUCUGACAUUCGCACUUCCCUCGAUUGGCUAUCUGUGAAUCCAAACGACGCCAUGACAUUCUAUGUCUUGACCGCUAUUCUGGCUGCCUUUGAUUUGGUGGACCCCUCGUCUGUCGGUGGCAAGAAUCGCCAACGCCUAGCUACAGACAAUGCAAUGAUAACAUAUAUGAAGCAGAAGCUCUCCCGCAAUACGGAGUGGAAGGACACAGGUUUAAAAGCAACUGUAUUGCUAAAGUGGACUCUCCUCUUAACCGAGACUCGUCACCGCGACCCCUCUCUGGAGGCCAGGGAGGGUUUCAAAACUACAGAGCUGGAGACUCAGAUUUGGAAUGCGGUCCAGGGCGAUGCCUUUACGUACCUCACCACAGCGCUUAUCCAGUUGUCGAGGAGUUCACCAGCGACCUCAUUCGCUGCCUUCAUUGAGCUUAUGCCCGAGCAGGAGCAACUAAGAGAACCGCCUCAUGAAGACUUUAAGCUGGCCGUUCUGAAUGCUUGCGACGCGCUGGUGCGCUCGGUGAUUACAUGUGCAUCCUCGGAGCUACGCAAAAUCAAACAACGUCAAGAGGAUAUCGUUCUCGCCAGUGCACGUCUAUUCCGGUCGGUGACACAUUCUGGACAAGACUCAGACUCUCAAGCAAAUCCACGCAACGACAUCGCCAUGCUGUACUCGUUUAUAGGUCUUCUAUACUCCAUACUUCCUCCCGAACGAGCUCUGCAGUUUUGGGGGGCUACACCACUCACUGAAACCCAUCGUCUUACGUACCUGGAGAUCGCGGAAACUAACGCAGGCAGGCUUCCUUCUUUCCUUCAGUGGGCAGUAUGGUCCACACAGACUCGUGAUGUUGUCAUGACCACUGCGCUAUACGACAUGUUGUCUGGUUUAGCAAAAGGCCAACAAUGCAGCGAGCUUGCAUAUAAUUUCCUUGCUAGAGGUGGUGUAGAAGUCGUACCGGGAAGCAGCCUCGCAGCCAGCUCAUCUCACUACAGUGCUGGUUCGGCUGUGUCCUGGACGCUCAUAUUCGCUCUGCUAGAAUCUUGGGCAGUUUCCUCCUCCAGCCCCAAGCCCCACCCACCUCCGCAACAGAACUUAGGAACAUCAUUCAGUGGUUUCAGGUCAUCUCAUUUCGCCGAGUCUCAAGCUGCCUCCCAACAGCAGCAGCAGAAACAGAUUGUAAUAGGACCCAAUGAUGUUUUGCUUGCCCAAUCAUUCCUCCGCCUUCUAUCUACGGUGGUUUCGUGCUCAGUCGCUGUCCGCCUCGCGGUCUCGGGAAACACGCACUUCAGGGCUAUUCCAACGCUGGUCUCGCUGAUACCUCUUGGGAUACCCUUGGAGCUGAAGGGAGCAAUUUUUGACGCCCUAGCAGCUUUUUGUGAACCUGGAGCGGGUGUUGCUGGAGUGGAGAUAUGCAGAUCGGUAUGGACGUUGAUGGAGCGGCUAGAGGUUAUAAACGUCCGUGCAAGUUCCUCCCGUAUUGGCGGAGUGUUGCAUCCCGUUAAGGGCGUUGAGGUGGAGUUGGACGAGGUUGAAGCUAUUCACAAGCUCUAUCCUGCUACGAUUCCGUUUCUCAAUCUCCUUGGCACCCUCAUCCACACUCCCAAACGCCUUUCCUUGAAGGACCUCAUCACAGAUUCGGAGCCACUGAACACCAUUCCUGAUGCCCUUGGUCAACCAUACCGUCUUCCUGGAAUCGGACCUUACAUAUCCUUCGUCAUCGACAAUGUUUUCGCUAAUAUCCCCCGGAGAGAGUACAGGCGACCUUCAGAUAGGUGGCAAAUGAAUGACUUGUGCUUAUCCUUCGUCGAGCGAGUCCUUGCCAGCUACGAUCUAGAGCUGUUGGUCUCGUCAGGUGAAGAUGUCGUCUUGAAGCGAGAGGCCGUUGUCCCCCUCCUCGUUCAUCCAGGAUAUGACAUAAUGCAGCAAGGCUUUGAGAAAGGUUUUGCUGAUGAAGAACCGCAUUUCAAGAAUACGAUCGUGCGCGUUUUGCGGAUCGUCCACCGCGUUCUAGAUAUUCAGGAUAUCUUCCUUGACGUUCUCGUGCCGCUCCUCACGGAGUUUGAUGGCUCACAGUUUCGUUUUGAUCAAGCGUUGUCGUAUGGCACACAGCAUAUUCCUGCGAUUGCUGCGUAUGUGGUGUACCCUGCAUACCCCGAGCUUGUCCUUCUCGCUGUCAAGAUUGUCACGCAACUGUCGUCGUCGGUCAACAACCUAACCACCCUCGUCGAGCGUAGCAAUGACUCGGAUCGUGUCCUCAGUGGCUUCAAGCAACUACUCAGCGUCGAGUCAUUUGACGAUGUGGAUGCUAGUGAAACACAAGCUGAACAGGUGACCGGCGCUGGUGCUCCCGAUAGAGAAGCACAAGAAUCACUCGAUCAAACGAUACGACUUGCCAUCCUUGAAUUGCUCAUCCAGAACACGCGAUCAAACCGACCAUAUCCCACCAUCGGCCAUUUCCUGUUGUACGGUGGCUCAGAAAACGAGCAUCAAAUCCAAGAUCCACACGCGCUGGGUGUGCACAGAACAUGUGCUCACGUCAUCUUUGAUCUUGUCAACGCUGGCGUCCCCAGAGUGCACAGCAAAGGCAAAGAACGCGAACGUGAACGUCGACUGGCGCAUCAGGUUGAUCCAUUGUUCAUUUCUAUCCCUGCUUUGGCAGAGCGCUGCUAUCAGGUCAUUCAUCAACUCUGUGUGCAUCCACGGACAUCAGAGGCCACCAUGCGGUACCUCCGCACGCGAGAAGACUUCUUCGCCCGCCAUCUCGCAGCCAUACCUUCCAAAGCCCCGGAAACGCAUGAGGAGCCUGUCAUCGAGGUCCUAUAUCAUGAUGGUUCUCGCGUUAUCACCAGCGUAUCAGCUCUGCGAUCAUUCAUGGGCGUACGCUCUCGCAUCUUAGAUUUAGUAUCGCUUGAUCUCCACGUCCUGACCCGCAAAGGCCACCACAAGGGCGUUUUGGAGGUUUUGCAAAUCAUAUUUGGCUCAGAGGCGAUGGUUGGCGAGGAUGUGCUCGAAUGGGAUGUGGAUGCGUUGCAGCCGUUCCAGGAGAUGGGCCAGUCGCAUCUUCGGAUCAUCGAGUCCGUGCAGUCCCUCGGCUUUGAUUGGUCAGACAGUUUAACCGUUCAUCCUGUCGACCUGGAGCUCCUUGUCGUUGAUAGAUCUUCGCUAUUGUCCCUGUUGACUCUCGCUCGACGUUCCCUCCACGCCCAAGGCCGAAUCACCAAUAGCGCGCACGCUGACAAAUUGAACGCUGAGACCUCGUACGUCUUGGAGAGUUGUGCAAUCGAGAAUCAUCGCCGUGAGGUUGCUUUUGCUGUUGCUACCGGAUAUGAAGCGUGGUGGAGGGUAUUGGACAUCACCCUUACGAAGUGCUUCCAGCGUCUGCCGCAUGACAGGCGCGAGAACAUGCUCUUUGACUUAUUGCACGUUCUACCUACUGCAAUUCGUUCCUCCGACAUCCAGGAGCCUACCGCAGUUCUGCUUUCGGAAGCAGUGCUGUCUUGCAUCACGAAGCUACGCGAAGAUCGACGUCACCAAGUUAUGCUACAAUCCGCCGGCGGAGACACUGACGCAGGCUCUUUGCCUGCAGAGAGACUGUAUGCGCUUCUUCGCAGCAUCCUUGACUGCAUCCUGGACAACAACCGUUCCGAAUUGAGAUCUUCGGGAGAUGCGUCACUGGAGGCGUUUGGGAAGCACUCGUUAUCGAUGUCAAUGUCAAUGUCGAUGUCCCUCUCUGUUCUCUCUUCGCGUGAUGAUUUAUCCCUAAAUGAUUCUCGAUCCAUGCGCGGGACGCCAAAGCCUGCGACGAAUGCAUCGGCGCUAGAGCUUGGUACGCUGGCUGCGUUGAAAAAUGUGCUCGAGAGAUUGGUCACGAUCAUAUCUCGGGACGCAAUCGAUGGCACUGAAGUUUGGAAGACUGUCGCUUUCAUGUUGUUGGACUCCCUCGCUCAGUUGUGCCGCUCGGACAAGUCCCGCAUGCUCCUUACGUCUUUGGUUCGCUAUGGGAUUUUGUCGAACUUUGUCCAGGGACUGAAGGAAGCGGAGUCGCAAAUGCAGUAUGUGCUCAAACCAGACCCAGACGAUCUAAAUCCUCUAUAUGUUUACGAGUCAAAGAUGUCCUUCUUGAUACGAAUGGCACAAACGAGACCGGGAGCAGAACGGUUACUUGAAGCUCGAAUUUUCCCGGUCUUGAGUCAAUGCGAGUUUCUGGAUACGAGACCAGAAGCGGAUCAGUCAUUUAUGGACCAGGACUCUUUCUUGCCUUCGGCGAUUCAGCGAUAUCACCAGCUGUUCAUGCCGGCACUUCAGCUCGUUGCUGCGAUGUUGACGACCUUGGGAGCUCAGCAUGCUACUGCGAGUAGUCAGGCACUCGACUUUUUAUCAAGCCAUCGAGAAACGAUCAUCAUUCUUCUCAAAAAUGAUUCUGAAGAGAUUGGGUUGUCAAUCGUUCAAGAAAUCCACCUCGUGGUGUCGCUGAGCAGGAGCGUCCUGACGCUCGUUCCAAAAUCUGAGCUGAUGUCGACGAAUUCCGGGUUUGGUGGUAUUCAUGGCGCUGUAUUAGGCCUUGCUGCGCGGUGCUUGGGAAACAGAAGCUGGAGUCAAGCGAUCAAACCUCAGACGGACGCAGAGGUUUUGCGAGCUAGCGUCUUUGCAUCCGGGCAGGGAUCGACUAGUCAAUUUGAUCUGAGUUUGAGGCGCCAAGAACGGUUGCUCCUCAAGGCUAUCGUGGAGUACCUUGGGACUGCGAGUGAAUUCACUGAGCCUGAGAUUACACUGGUGCUUUCUCCUGUCGUCACAGUUCCUCGACACGAUGAACGGUCGUCUCGUUUCGUAGCCACGAUACCGACGGUCGGCGAUGCUAUUGAGGCGCUGAGUGGACUCUGCGACGAUCUUUCAGAGACGUUGAAACAGAUUGCUGACUUGUCUGCUGAACUAUCUUCACGAGACCAUAUUCGAGUGGACAACAUUCAAGACAUCGUCAGCGUGUCUGAUCCCGCAUUCCUCCAAGAUCUAGACAUUGCACAGAAAAGGUCGUUGAUAUUCAGAGAGUAUGAGCGGUUUAGGAACGAGGCUCAAGAUGAGGUUAAAAACAUGCUCGGCACUACUGAGAUGGUAUUACUAUUGCUCUGGCGUCAUCUCGUGAGCUAUGUGGAGCGCGACUUGUCGAGCGGCGCAACCUCGGCGCCGGUCAUAAAUAUGAAGAGCACUCUCAAGCUUCUUCCACCCCCGGACUCUGAUUCGUUCAAAGCGAAUGCGGGCAAAAAACUGAUUGGUGCUCUCGCGAGGUUAUCAACGUUGGAUUUGACGGUGGAUACGCUGGGAAGUGAGUGGCAGUCAUACCAAGGAUAUAUUGAGAUUAUGUCGCGGAGGUUGAGAGACACGGUUGGGUUGCAUGAGGCUCUGGAGUAG